CCCAAACUGGGGGUUUCUCUUCAAAGCCAGCUGGUCUGGCUUUAUUCUACAGGAAUUUUUUUACCUGCCAGUUUCACCACCGAAACCCUCAGCAGGUGCUGACGGGUACAACUUCCUGGAGAAGCAGAAGAAGGGCGCUGGUGCCGAACAAGAAUUGUAAACUGUGAAGUAACUACUAUGGGAAAGAUUAAGUAAAGCAUUGGAGGCGGAUGAUUUUGACAAUAAAGAGGGUGUAUGUGGAGCGGAUGCAGGGGACUGUGAAUUGAGUAGUGCAAGUGCUGAAGAAGGAGGUUUGUUUUGAGGAAACGGGAAAGAGGAAGAAAAGAGAAGGGAAAAAUACAUAAUUUUAAGGAAGAAGGAGAGAAAAAAAAACGGGGACUAUGGGGAGAAAAAAGAUUCAGAUUACAAGGAUUAUGGAUGAACGUAACAGACAGGUGACAUUUACGAAGAGGAAAUUUGGGUUAAUGAAGAAGGCUUAUGAGCUGAGUGUUCUGUGUGACUGUGAGAUUGCUCUGAUCAUCUUCAACAGCACCAACAAACUGUUCCAGUAUGCCAGCACUGACAUGGACAAAGUGUUGCUGAAAUACACCGAGUACAAUGAGCCACAUGAGAGUCGAACGAAUUCGGAUAUUGUUGAGACGUUGAGAAAGAAAGGACUUAAUGGCUGUGACAGUCCAGAUCCCGAUGCAGACGAUUCAGCAUUGAACAAGAAAGAAAACAAAGGUUGUGAAAGCCCCGAUCCUGACUCCUCUUACGCUCUCACCCCACGCACUGAAGAAAAAUACAAAAAAAUUAAUGAAGAAUUUGAUAAUAUGAUCAAGAGCCAUAAAAUACCUGCUGUUCCACCACCAAACUUUGAGAUGCCAGUUUCUAUCCCAGUGUCCAACCACAACAGUUUGGUAUACAGUAACCCAGUCAGCUCCCUGGGUAACCCCAACCUUUUGCCACUGGCUCAUCCUUCUUUGCAAAGAAAUAGCAUGUCUCCUGGCGUGACACAUCGGCCUCCGAGUGCAGGUAACACAGGUGGCCUGAUGGGUGGGGACCUCACAACCGGUGCAGGCACCAGUGCAGGGAAUGGAUAUGGCAACCCCCGCAACUCACCAGGUCUGCUGGUCUCACCUGGCAAUUUGAACAAGAAUAUGCAAGCAAAAUCUCCGCCUCCAAUGAAUUUGGGAAUGAACAACCGUAAACCAGAUCUCCGUGUGCUUAUUCCACCUGGCAGCAAGAACACCAUGCCAUCAGUGAAUCAGAGGAUAAAUAACUCCCAGUCUGCUCAGUCAUUGGCUACUCCAGUGGUUUCCGUAGCAACUCCUACUCUACCAGGGCAAGGGAUGGGAGGAUACCCAUCAGCCAUCUCAACAACAUAUGGUACUGAAUAUUCUCUGAGUAGUGCAGAUAUAUCAUCUCUCUCUGGGUUUAAUACAGCCAGUGCUCUUCAUCUUGGCUCUGUGACUGGCUGGCAACAGCAACACCUACAUAACAUGCCACCAUCUGCCCUCAGCCAAUUGGGAGCUUGCACUAGCACUCAUUUAUCUCAGAGUACAAAUCUCUCCCUGCCUUCUACUCAAAGCCUCAACAUCAAGUCAGAACCUGUUUCUCCUCCUAGAGACCGUACCACCACACCCUCGAGAUACCCACAGCACACGCGCCAUGAGGCGGGGAGAUCUCCUGUUGACAGUUUGAGCAGCUGUAGCAGUUCCUACGAUGGAAGUGACCGAGAAGACCACCGGAACGAAUUCCACUCCCCCAUUGGACUCACCAGACCUUCGCCGGACGAAAGGGAAAGCCCCUCUGUCAAGCGCAUGCGGCUCUCUGAAGGAUGGGCGACAUGAUAACAUUAUUUACCUAAUCAGUUGUUUGUUUGUUUUGUUUUUUUUUUUCUUGCAGUGUG